AUGGAACCCAAGAAUGACACCAGAAUUUCAGAAUUUCUUCUUCUAGGAUUUUCAGAGGACAAAGAACUGCAGCCCCUAGUGUUUGGACUUUUCUUCUCCAUGUAUGUGAUCACUCUGCUUGGGAACCUGCUCAUCAUCCUGGCCACCACCUCAGACUCCCACCUCCACACCCCCAUGUACUUCUUCCUCUCCAACCUGUCCUUUGUGGACAUCUGUUUCACCUCCACCACAGUCCCAAAGAUGCUGGUGAACAUCCAGACACAGAGCAAGGUCAUAAUUUAUGAAGGUUGCAUCACCCAGAUUUAUUUUUUUGUAUUAUUUGUGGUGCUGGACAACUUCCUCCUGGCUGUGAUGGCCUAUGACAGGUAUGUAGCUAUCUGUUAUCCCUUGAAUUACUUAGUAAUCAUGAAACCUUCACUAUGCAGAUGGCUGGUGCUGGUGUCAUGGAUAAUGAGUGCCUUGGAUUCCUUGUUACACAGCUUAAUGGUGCUGCGGCUGUCCUUCUGCACACAGUGGGAGAUCCCCCACUUUUUCUGCGAACUUAAUCAGUUAAUUCUCCUUGCCUGCUCUGACGCAGGUCUUAAUGACAUAUUUAUAUAUAUUACAGCUGUGCUGCUGGUUGUAGGUCCCCUUACUGGCAUCCUUUACUCUUAUUCUAAGAUUGUUUGUACUAUAUGUGCAAUCUCUUCAGUACAUGGGAGAUAUAAAGCAUUUUCCACCUGUACAUCUCACCUCUCAGUUGUCUCCUUAUUUUAUGUUGCACCCUUAAGUGUGUACCUUAGUCCUGUCAUUACUCAAAACUCACACUCACGUUCAACAGCCUCAGUAAUGUACACUGUGGUCACACCCAUGCUGAACCCCUUCAUCUACAGUCUCAGGAAUAUGGACAUCAAGAAUGCUGUGAAAAGACUCUUUGACAGAAAAACUGUGCAAGCUUUUCUCUGGGGACUAAGCAGAUUCUCUUGA